GGGCGCAUUCCGGUUCCGGGGGAGGGGAUGUGAGGGCGGUGCGGGGUCGCCAUGGCGAGCAACGCCGCCAGCCUGAACGCGGUCCGGGAGACCAUGGACGUUCUGUUUGAGAUUUCAAGAAUAUUAAACACUGGCUUGGAUAUGGAGACAUUGUCUAUUUGUGUGCGGCUUUGUGAACAAGGGAUAAAUCCAGAAGCAUUGUCAUCUGUUAUUAAAGAACUACGCAAGGCUACAGAAGCUCUAAAGGCUGCUGAAAAUAUGACAGGCUAAUAUGGGCAAAGAUUUCUGCAUGAGAAGAAUGCCAAGAUAAACUUAACAGGAGCUCUGAAGAUUGCCACUAUUCAGACAAAAAUGAAAUAAGUGUGUAUGCAAAGGUUUCAGAAUAUUUCUGUAAUAUUAUUCAAAAGAAUGGUGCAUAUAAUAGCUUUGAAAAAUUUUUUAAUAAGUUCACCAGUAAUAUCAUUACAUGGUAUUUUUGUGAACUGUUUGUGAAUAUAGUGCAAUUGCUAUUCUUUGGCAUCCAAUACUUUUAAAAUCAUGCCAGAUACUGUACGUCUGUUGAAUUUACUAGCACGUAUCAAUGCAUAUUGUUAUAAUGAAUGCAGCUUUGUUAAUGCAUCCUUUGGAAGUGCUAGUAUAUCCUGGGUUUUAUCUCUUGCUUUGAUGAAAAACUACGUGUACAAUUUUAGCCUUGCUUUAUGGACCAUAGAGGAAUGAAGCCCAGACUGACUUUAUUUUAAUUAGAGCAAGGCCAGUGAUUUAAGUAUCAAUUUGAAAAUAAGAAGUAAAGCAUUUUUGAUAAUAUAGGUAAUGAAUUGUCCUUUUGAUUUUGAUUCAAAUUGCUGGGAAAAGUGUUUCACUUAGGUAAUAAAGGUACUUCAGUUAUCCAUGCAGAAAUGUAUGUAAAUUUAAAUUCUAGGUGACGUGGGAUGUUUUAUGGAGAUUAAAUGCUACAUUUGUUACAUUUGUUCCAACUACUGGAUCUAAAAAUAUUAAGUCUGUCUGUUAUUUCUUAGUCAAAGCAUAAAUGAGAAGCAUCAGAUUUGGUUCAUGGGUAUCAAUGAGACUUAAACAGUCAGUUGGUGUAGAAAUGUCUUCUCAUUUAGAACUAGAAAUCUUCACUGGUGCCAGAAGAAGUCUUAAUUUCCAGUAAAUAUCCUUUCGUCCAGAAAUUCUACUUUGUAAGAAAGUAGUUUCUUUUGUAUUCUUCACCUGUGGCUUUUAAGCUUUUUUUUUUUUUUUUUAGCUUUUUUGAUUUUGGUUGUCCUAGUUUCAAGGUGUGGUGCUAAUGGGACCUAAAGGAACUCCAGGGUUAAUAGAGUGAAGCACAUUUGGAAAUGAACCUGGAAUCUUUGUUAAGCCAAAAGUUAUAUUUGUGCAGAGAUAAAAAGUUCUUUCUACUCUGAGAGUUUACAGCAUAUGCACUCUAGGUCAUAGCUCUACAAAAAGCAAUCAACGAGGCUAAAUACUUCAAAUUGCUGGUAGGGAGAAUAGAAAAAUAUUUAUAUUACACUGAAUCACUUACCUUUAUUUCCAGUUAGAGUGUCCCAAAAAUCAUUGCAAGAGAAUGCUAUAAAAACUUCUGGAUAACCAAGCUGGGGAACUUAUAAAUAUAUGUGUCAUUUUUCACACUCACAGCACCAAUUUACAAAGGGUUUUAAGUGUUCAUGACUUGAAUAUUGGGUGUAAUUUUUUUUUUUUUAAACAGUAAGAUAUCCUUAGUAUAAAAAUAUAUCAACAAUGAAGUUCUCUUAGGAAAUCUGAAAAGUCAGUAAAACAUCAUGAAGACACCAGGUCAGAUCAGCACAAAUUAGCAAUUAGCUCUUUACUUAAUUUUCUCUAAACUCAGGGCUACAUGUCAAAAAAGAGAAAAGACGUGUGGAGCGUUCUUGUUGUUCUCAGGAGGCACAUCUAAAUCUGUGAGAUUACCCUGUGUAACUUAAACCCUGAAAGUUUUAAGUAAACUAUAGCAAAUGUGCCUAAAAUAAUAAUGACAUUUUAUUAGGAUGCAUCAGGAAAUGCACUUCUGGUGCAUCUCCUUUUCCUCCAUUGCCAGAUCUUUGAGUAAUUCAGGAAGUUGUCAUGACUUCCCUUGAAUGCCACUCUAUUGACUACUUUGCAUUUAUGUAUUUCCAGGGGGUUUUCUAGCUUGUUAGCUUGUUUUGAUUUGGGUUCUAUGUCUUUGAAAUGCUUAAAAAGAGCUUGCAAUUGCAAUAUGAGAAGAUAUAUAGUUAUACAAAUUAUAUAUAUAAUUCUUGAUCUGUCCAAUAAAUUGCAUCUACCAUUUUGCCAUCAGUAGGCUUAGAGUUUUUAUGCAUUUAGACACUUUCUGGUGGACCAUUUGUCGUGCAGAAUUAUAGAAGCAGGGCAUGUCUUUGACAUUUGAAACCUCAAUUUGAUGUCUAUAAAACUAAAAAUGCAUUAUUGCUAUUAUUACAUGGAAGUAAAUGGUAAUAUUGGUUACUUAAUAUUAAUUAAUAUACUUAAGGGAGAACAUGUUGUUUCUCAAAACUGGUGUAAGGGAACUCCUGCUGGCUUUUGGUUUGGGGUACCAUCCAGAAAAAAUACAGUAUGUGUUUAUUUCUUCUUCCUGGUAAGAAAUAAAGAAAAUCCCUCUAGUAGGAAGUUUCAUAUUGGAAAUAUUUACUGCUGUAAGGUAAGUCUGUCAUUUAAUAGCAUCCCCAUUAUGUGAACAUGAAUGCUCAGACUUAGCACUGAUGACUGAGAAGUCUUUUCUGUAUUUCUAACACGCACCACCUUCUACUACGUUUAACUAAGGAGCCAAGCAAACAGCACGUGCUUUUUCUCUGUACUCCUUACUUAUAUGUUCCUGAAACUCUUGAAGAUAAACAUAGGAAUAGCUAUACAGGUCCUGACCAAAGUUGGUUUUUUUCUAACACAAUAGCUUCUUUUGUAGUCAAAAGCAGCUGCCUGAGAAAGGGUAAGAACAAUAGAAGCACAUUUGGUUAUUUUUCUUCUGUGUUCUAGCUUCUAAGUGUCUUCUUUUCCGGGCUUUCCUGAACAUCGUAUGGUUUGUCUAUCUAGUAACUCUCAGUGCUCAGUUUUCCAGUACUUGUCCAGUUUCCUUUGGACUGUAUAUGCUUCCUGAAUAACAGCAGCCCUUAUCAAUUUAUGUCUGUUGCCUAAGGAAUUACCGCUUCUUGUUUAUUUUGAACUAGCUUAAUUUAAUAUGCCCUGCAUAGUAAACUUGUAUCUACCAUGCCUGUGCCAGUCAAUGUUCUCCAGAUAUAUUACAGUCACUUUUAAAUUUCCCCUUCUGAACUGAAAUGCAUUAGCUAAAAUACUUCUUGGGUGACCAAAGGCAUAGAAUAGCUUCUGUAUUUACUGUCCUUUGAAACUUUUCUGGAUCUCAUAUUAUUUUCUGAGAAGGGAACCAAAACUGCAUGCAACAUUAGCCAUGCAGUUGAGUACUGGCCUGUUUGUUUACUUUCUUGUUCUUUAUUCCUUUCCUAGUAAUUCCUGAUAUUUGACUUGCUUUUUUAAUAUGAACCAAAUGUUAUGCUCUUUCCAUGGCAUUAUCUAUUGUUAACACUCUUGAGUGGAAUGUUAAGCUCAGAGGCUAUUUUUUCAUAUGUGAAACUACAGUGGUUUAUCUCCAUGUGUAUAAUUUUUUGUCUAUGCUGAAAUGCACGGGCCAUUUUCUUUCCUAAUCAGUCUUACAUGUGUUUCUACGGUUCAUCACAGUUUGCUAGUAGUCUUGCUACCCUCACUAACUUUAUAAUUGGGAAAUUUUGUUGCUUUGUCCCUUUUUUGAGGUUAAGUCAUGCAGCACACAACCCAGCGAAGACCCUCCAAAGGACCACUGGUGACCUAGGGCAGGAGUUGACUGUUUAUUCUCAUUCCUUUUCAGUGAUUGUGAAUAAAAUGCAGUCCUGCCUACCA